AUGGCUAUCUUCUGGCUGCAGCCUUUUGAAUAUUCAGUCGGUGACAAGAUAAGGCCAAGAGAUGGAAGAAUGAUCGUCGACGCUGGCAACCGCGUCGUAAAAAACUGCAACAUCAUUUUCGGCCGUGAGCUGCGUCACGUAGUCCUCGUACGGCUGGGUCGGCGCGUCGCGGAGCAUCGAGCAUCGGGAUCCUCGAGGCCGCUUCAACAAACGGACAAACGGUUCGCAGAGCGUAGCACGCUGCUCUUCGAGGAAAGGCAAUAUGCAUGUAAAGAGCACUUGGACCCGCUUUACGACUCGAAAGACCCUUCCGACACGGACGAUAGCAAUCCGUCUGAUGGAAACGAUAUUCCAGUCUACACCGUGUGUAUCAGGAAAACUUUCCUUCGGUCGGCCCGCGAUUUUCAAGAAGUCUUUGCGGAGUUGAAUGAAGUCAUAGAAAAUGCAACAUUCAUUAGUAUCGAUGGCGAAUUCACAGGACUUAAUUCAGGACCUGAUGCUGGUGCCUUUGACACGCCCGCUCAAUAUUAUGCAAAAUUGAGAUCAGGAUCAAUGGACUUUCUUCUUGUACAAUUCGGCCUUUCUAUAUUUACAUUUAACACAGAAACUCAAAAAUAUAGUCAACGAUCAUACAAUAUUUAUAUUUUUCCACGUCCCUUAAAUCGCUCGGCUACGGAUUGCAGAUUUAUGUGUCAAACAUCAUGUAUAUCAUUUUUGACAUCGCAAGGAUUCGAUUUCAAUAAACUUUUCAAAUUUGGUAUUCCUUAUUUAACCGCAAGUGAAGAAGAAAAAUUGGUCAAACGAUUGGAGGAAAAGCAAAAAAUAAGGGAGGACAUAGCAGGAGGAGAAUUAUUACCUAUUUCGGACAUAGAUGAAUUCAUCACUUCUGAAGAAGAAGAAGAACUAGUAAUCGAUAAAUGUAAUGCUUUCAUUAGACGACUCGUUUAUCAGGAAGCAAAGUUGAGGUGGCCAAAUAAAUUGAGAAUUGAAAGUAAAUUGGAGAAUUUUGCAUGUAGUCUUGUUAUACAAAGAUCAGGAACCAAGGAAGAAGAAGAACAGAGAGAUGUUGAAAAAAGAGAGAAAGAAAGAAUAGAAAUUCAACAGGCGGUUGGAUUGAGUAUGCUCAUGAGAAAAAUUUCAAAUUCUGGAAAAUUAAUAGUUGGUCAUAAUAUGUUACUAGAUCUUUGUCACAUAGUACAUCAAUUUUUUGGACAUUUACCAGAGUCAUAUUUGGAAUUUAAGUCUCUUGUUCAUAGUCUAUUUCCAAGAAUUUUAGAUACAAAAAUAAUUUGCCAUUCGCAACAAUUUAAGGAAAAUGUACCAUCGUCGAAUUUAAGUAUAUUGCUAGAAACAGUCAGUAAAUCACCGUUUAAAAUUACAGAAGUGGAAUCUGUCGAGGGUAGAAGUUAUUCUAUAUUGGCAGAUAAAUGUCACGAGGCUGGUUAUGAUGCAUAUAUAACUGGAAUAUGUUUCAUUGCAUUGUCUAAUUAUCUUGGAGGUGUACAAAUAUCUUGGUUAAACGACACGUCUGCGUACAUAGGACUACAUCGUAGGGAUCAAGUUAACAUAGUAAUGAAAGCUCUAGGUAAAACGAAUACCUACAACAUACAAAAAUACGCUGAUUACCAAGCUUCUUUAGGAGUGGCCAUCCGUUCAGGAGAUCGUAAACGAAAAUUAUCCUCAUCCGAGGAAACGGCGUCGGAAGCGAAAGGACCAUGCGGAUGUAGAUGCUGCACAAAAAACGAAGCCGGCAUUGUUUCCUGAAUCUGACUCCUGGGAGUAACAUUAUUCAAAAGAGCCAAGUCUCAGAUUUUAACAUAUCGUUCACUGGAGUGACGGUGAAUAAAGUUGAAACAAGCUGAAACAAAUUGACGCUAUCUUGUUGUAUCAUUUCUUGUUUUGUAAUACCAGCAGAGAAUCAAACUUCACGCAGCAUAUUUCUGUUUUACACGCUUAAAAGCAUGAAACCACGUAAUAAAAAAAAUUAACUAUAUAGAAAUUGAUUUUUUCGUUUCAUUUUUAAUUUCUAAAUUAAAAGCUUAAUAUCUAGAAAUUAUACCAGAAAUUAACAUUACCUUUUUUUCACGUUGUUUCGAACGUUGUGGAAUACGUCGUGAAAUUUUAUGGUUUUAUGUAGGUGACAAUCAAACAUUUUCACUAAACACAAUAUAUGAAUACAAAUAUAUCACGACCUGUAAAUUACAUGCGUAGUUUAAUAUGCAUUCAAUUCAUGUUGGAACUGCUUUAUAUUGUUAAGUAUAUAGCUCUCGAAUAGAUAUACAAGUUUAACGAAUUAUUUUUCGUAUAAUAGUAAACUGUGUAGUCUAUUAUCAAACGUCACAAUAAAAGCACUGGUUGCAAAUGAAUCGAAGUUUUAUCGUAUUAUUAAUUUCUUG